GACAUAUAAGCAUUUAAUUUGCUGUCAAUUGAUCGAGCCAGUCCUACCUGUAGCAAAUGGCGAUGUCGGUAGGUUACACCUCUUGAACUCUGCGACUCUCUGUUAGCGCAAUGCGACAGGAACUUUUUUUCGGGGGUGUAUCUCACAAGAACGAGCACCCUCUGCUUGUUCUUCUUGCCCUCGGACUCCUUCUCGUGACCUCCGGAGGAAAGCGACUUGUAUACUGCGGCCAUUUUGGGGGAAAUGCGUGGUGUGCUUGCUGCUGAAGCGGGUAUCUGGUCUUUCGCAAUAAUUGUUCAUGAGGUUCCAAGGACAAUCGAAUAAAAUCUUACGCACGGCCCUCUGCCAAGCUGCGGCGGAACGCGCCACAGAGAAGACAUGGGUCUUGCUGACUAGCGCCGACCUCAACUCUUUCGCAAUCAGUAGCACCGCGUUCAUCAUCGCCAGUUCAUCGGCAUGCACCGUUUUAACGAGGGAAGACCUCUGGUGCGCACUACAAGCUCUGGCAUUGACAGAGAUGGUAAUCAUGAGUUCGCCGCUUUGCGUUAAGGUGUAUGACUAUGUCGACUUCGCGAACAAUACUGUCGGUGAGGAUGUCAACCUUACCCGCAGUAACAAUGAUGGCGAGGACAAAGGCAAUAGAGUUGGCAAAGGUUCACGUCUUCUACCGAUCUUGAGGCAUGCCGAGGAGCUCUGGCUGAGCAAUGUCGACCAGUUCGGGCCUGGCAGCACUGCAUUCGGGUUAAGAUAUCAUAGGGCUGGCCGAAGGAAGGUCAAGACCUGAGAUAGCAUACUCACAAACCCCCGUUUGGGCUGAGCCAGGAUAUCUGUUGUGAUAAAUCGGGGGACCUGAUUCGAUGAUCCGAAUGAUUGGG